AUGUUUACGAAAAUAGUGAGAGGCUCAGGCACCUUAUCAAGGGCCACUCGUCGGCUCUCCACAACUGUGCCAGUUCGUUCCAACGCACGCUCUUUAGCCACAGCUGUUCCACCACCUCCUGAAGUGGCUAUUGCCCCUGAAGGUUCGCUGAUAUCAUUAAAGCUGGCUACUAGAGACGACUCAAAGUUUGGUACCAGACCUAUUUAUUUGGAUGUCCAGGCUACCACUCCAACAGACCCUCGUGUGUUGGACAAGAUGUUGCAGUUCUACACUGGUUUGUAUGGUAACCCACAUUCUUCCACCCACGCCUACGGCUGGGAAACUGAAAAGGAAGUCGAAAAGGCUCGUUCCCAUGUUGCCGAGUUGAUUAACGCUGAUCCAAAAGAAAUCAUUUUCACAUCGGGUGCUACCGAAUCCAACAAUAUGUGCAUCAAGGGUGUCCCCAGAUUCUACAAGAAAACCAAGAAACAUAUCAUCACCACCCAAACCGAACACAAGUGUGUUUUGGACUCCGCUAGACACAUGCAAGACGAAGGUUUUGAAGUUACCUACUUGCCAGUUAGCAACGAGGGUUUGAUCAACUUGGAUGACUUGAAAAAGGCCAUCAGAAAGGAUACUGCUAUUGUCUCCAUCAUGGCUGUCAACAACGAAAUCGGUGUCAUCCAGCCACUUAAGGAGAUCGGUAAGAUUUGCAGAGAGAACAAGAUCUUCUUCCACACUGAUGCCGCCCAGGCCUAUGGUAAAAUCCCUAUCGAUGUCAACGAGAUGAACAUUGACAUGUUGUCCAUUUCUUCUCACAAGAUUUAUGGUCCUAAGGGUAUUGGCGCCUGUUACGUUAGAAGACGUCCAAGAGUGAGAUUGGAUCCUAUCAUCACUGGUGGUGGUCAGGAGAGAGGUUUGAGAUCAGGUACUUUGGCUCCACCAUUGGUCUGCGGAUUCGGUGAAGCCGCUAGACUUAUGAAGCAGGACAUGGCUUACGACCAGGCCUACAUCAAGAGACUUUCCACCAAGUUGAGAGAUGGCUUGUUGUCUAUCCCUGAGACUCAGUUCAACGGUGUUUUGUCCGACCCAACCAAGCAGUAUGCUGGCUGUGUGAAUGUGUCUUUCGCCUACAUCGAAGGUGAGUCAUUGCUCAUGGCCUUGAAGGAUAUUGCCCUUUCUUCCGGUUCCGCUUGUACUUCCGCCUCCUUGGAGCCAUCCUACGUCUUGCAUGCCUUGGGCGCUGAUGACGCCUUGGCCCAUUCAUCCAUCAGAUUCGGUAUUGGCCGUUUCACCACUGAGGCCGAAAUCGACUAUGUCGUUCGUGCCAUCAAUGAGAGAGUGGAGUUCUUGAGAAAGAUGUCUCCAUUGUGGGAGAUGGUGCAAGAGGGAAUUGAUUUGAACACUAUUGAAUGGAGUGGACAUUAA